AUGGAACCAUCAUUAUCAAAUGCUACUGGGUAUUGUGUUAUCAUACUUGGAAGUUUAUUUUUCAUUAUUUUGAUGAAUUCAAUCACAUAUAUUCAAAAUAAGUAUAGUGGUCAUAAUUCAAGAAAAGUAGAAGAAUUUGUGAAUGCAUCAAGAAAUGUCAAUUUUGGAUUAAUGUUAUCCGGUAUUGUAUCAAAUUGGACUUGGUCAUUGACUUUAUUAAUGUCAGCAGUUAAAGGUUAUCAAUUAGGAGCAUCUGGUGGAUAUAUGUAUGCAAUAGGAGGAGCUAUACAAGUUUCAAUCUUUAGUUUCUUAGCUUCUUUAAUUAAAGCAAGAUGUCAAAGUUUAACAACUUUUGUUGAAUUGGGAUAUUUCAGAUUUGGAGUAGCUGGUCAUUUAAGUUUUUUAUGGGUUGGAUUUGUAUGUAAUGCUAUAGUAAGUGCAUGUAUUUUACUUGGAGGUUCAGCUGUAUUUAAUUCCAUAACUGGGAUAAAUGUUUAUGCUUGUUUAUAUUUGAUUCCAUUUGGAUGUGCUUGUUAUAUUAGUUUUGGAGGCUUAAGAGCAACAUUCAUAUCAGAUGCUACUCAUACUUGUAUUAUAUUAGUAUUUAUCAUAACAUUUGUCAUUAAAGUGUAUUUUUCAAAUGAAUUUGUUGGAACACCUCAAAAAAUGUGGGAUGCUUUACAAUCAUUACCUCCAGUUGAUGGUAAUUAUAAAGGACUGUAUUUAACAUUUAAUUCUCAAGAUACAGCAGUUUUCAGUGUAAUAUCAUUAAUAACAGGAUUUGGAUUGACAAUAUGUGAUCAAAGUUAUUUUGCUAGAGCUGUCGCAUCUGAUAAGAAACAUACUUCAAAGAGUUAUUUCUUUGCAGCACUUUGUUGGUUUUGUAUUCCUUUUGCUAUGGGUAUGAUUGGAGUUGCAGCAAGAGCACUUCUGAUUUUUCCAGGAUUUCCUUCAUUAAGUGCUGAGGAAGUUAAUGAAGGUUUACCAGCAGUAGCAGCCAUUGAAUUUGUUAUGGGAAAAGGUGGUGCAGCCAUGAUGUUGGUAAUGAUAUUUUUUUCAGUAACAUCUUCAUUUUCAGGUGAAUUGAUAGCCACUUCAACUUUAAUAUCAUUUGAUAUGUACAAAAGAUAUUAUAACCCAAAAGCUACUCCGCAAGAAGUAGUUAAAGUUGCAAAAGUUGGGGUUUUUGUUUGGGCAAUAUUUUCAUCAAGUUUAGCUUCAAUAUUUUAUGGUCCUGCCAAAAUAUCAAUGGGUUGGUUAUUUAAUUUCUUGGGGGUAGGUACAGCCUCGGGUUGUUUUCCUAUUGUUUUGUCUAUAACUUAUAAGAACUUAAACAAAGCUGGAGCAGUUGGUGGAAGUGUAGGUGGUAUGAUUUUGGGACUUAUUGCAUGGUUAUGUAUGUGUAAAGGAUACCUUGGAGAAAUUAAUGUUGUAAAUUUAUCUGAUCAAUGGGUUUCAUUUACAGGGAAUGUUACUUCGUUGGUUAUGGGUGGUGUAAUUUCUUUAACUUGUUCAUGGAUUUGGCCAGCAAAUUUUGAUUUUGAAUCUAUUCGAAAUAGGACAACCUUGUAUGAUAAUAAAAAUACAGUUGAAAUUGAACCAGAGCAACAAUUAGAACAACAAUCAGAGAAAUCAGCAGAAGAUGUUAAAACUGAAAAAGAUAAUACAAAAAUUGAAGUUGAACCAGAGACAGAUACAUCUACCUCAGAUUUGGAAUCGAAACUGAGUUUUGAAAUUGAACAGAAAUAUUUGAAUCGUCAAUAUAAAAAGUAUUGUGGAUUGGUUCUUCUAAUGGCAUUUGUGUUAGCUAUUGUUAUUCCAGUUCCAUUAUGUUCUUCUCCUUAUGUAUUCAGUCCGAAAUUUUUAUUAGGUUUCAUGAUUAUAAUUUUAUUAUGGUUAUUUUUUUCAUUCAGUUUUGUCAUUGUUUUACCUGUUAUAGAAGCAAGACGAGGUAUAUGGAGAAUUUUUAAAAAAUUAGUGUUGCAUAAGAGUUAG